CAACGAACGUAAGGAGGACACAUGCAACAUCACGAGCGUGUCCACCGUGUUGAUUUCCACGGUCAAUUUCCCCUGUUUCUCUUUUCGCGAUCGCAGGCGUGCGUGAGAUGAUGGACACCGCCGACCCCAACGCCGACGAGCCACGGUGAGCAAUGCAUUCCCACGCGCACGGCAAAUACGCACCUACUCAGUCACCCAGAGCGAACGUCGAUGCAUUUACGUGAUUUGUUCGGUCAGGGCCAAGCGGAGCCGUCAGGGAGAGGACCACCGCUCCUCUGACGGCUCCCUCUGCGGUGAGCGGUGUGGAAUGGACGCCCGAGGAUGCUCACACACACCAAUGGCCCGUUUGCAGUGCAUGGAAUAUGUGAAUGGGCUCCUUGUGUGUGUGUGUGUGUGUGCAGGCGCCGGCGACGUGAAGCUGCUCAAGUACCACUGUGACUACUGUCACUGCAGCUUCACGUCGUCGGUCCGCAUCAAAUGCGCCGAGUGCAGGAACAUGGACCUCUGCGUCGAGUGUUUCGCGCGGGGGGUGGAGCGGGGCGAUCACAAGAGCAACCACAAGUACUAUGUCCUGGUAAGACUCACAGACAGACAGACAGACAGACAGACAGCAUCACGCCAGAGGCAGACAGAGAAGAAGAGCGGUAUAGACAUCGACUGGUGAUUGGAACUGCGUGUGUUGUGCUGUCCUGUCCGUUGCUUCAUUCAUUCAGGAGCCUCUGUCGCACACGCGCAUCCUCUCUCAGGGUGGGUGACCACCUAACCACACACACAUACACACAGCCAUCCACUGCCCGAGCUCCGUGUCUCUGCUGACCAUGGGCACUCAUCGCUGGUGCGUGUGUGUUGCUUAUGUCAGACUGGUCGGCCGAUGAGGAUUGGGCGCUGCUCGAGGGCAUUGAGAAGUUCGGACUCGGCAACUGGCAGGUCAGUUAGUUUGUUUGCUGGAUGGACGGCUCGUCGCAGACUCAGAAUGAGUGUGUGGUGUUGUCUGUGUUGUGUGUGCAGGAGAUCGCAGACCACAUCAACACCAUCAUUCAGACGUCUCGGCUGGCGAGCGGGAAGGACGCCAAACAGUGCGAGGCCCACUACACCGCCAAGUACCUCAAACCCAAGUCGGCGCCCAUCCCCGACGCAGACGCGAGCGCACGUGCCCGGGUGAGAUGCACAGCGAUCACACGAUGGAUGGAUGCUCUUCUUCGCAUUCAUCUGUUUGUGUGUGUGUGUGUGUGCGUGUGCCUGGUGAUGAUCAGAAUGGCACUCAGCCUGCGGACCAGGCGCGUGCCGACGAGGACUUGGCGAUGAAUGGUACGCACACAGACGCAAUGCGUUUACACAGAACGCACCCCACCCACCCAUCCUUUUCCUGCGUGUGUGUGUGUGGUGCCAUCGAUCCAUCAGAUGCUGAAAGUGUUGUCAGCCGCGGCGAGAAGCGCAAGCGCGACGACCGCGACUCUGUGGACCAGGACGGCAAGAGCGAUCGGGGUCGCGGCGACGCCACGAGCAAAGUCGGCGGCCGCAGCCAAUCGGGGGGACAGGCAGGGACGGGAGGGGGGGCGGGGGCUGGCACGGGGUCACAGCGGCCGCAGGGAGGCGCUACCAAUGAGAGCAAUAUCAUCGGGUGAGUCGAUCGAUGUGUGCAGACAGACCACCGAUGGGUCGGUGGACCAUCCGCCUUACACGUGUGUGUGCUUGUUGAUGUGUGUGUGUGUGUUGUGUGUGCGUCAGGUUCAUGCCUAAGCGCGGCGAUUUCGACGUCGAGUAUGACAACGACGCCGAGCUCAUCAUCGCUGACAUGGAAUUCACCGGUGAGUCGAGUGACUCACCAUCCUCCCAACCACGUACCAUUCACACGCGGCCCUGCCGCUCACUGACUCGUUUUUUGCUGCAGAUGAUAUGAACCCCGAGCAGCGCGAGACGCAGCUCAAGGUGCUGGAGGUGUACAACGCCAAGCUCGACGAGAGGCAGCGUCGCAAGAACUUCUUCAUCGAAAGGUGUGCACGCCACCACGCUCACACACAGACACACUUGUACUUGUGCGUGUGUGGGUGCGUGGCUUUCAGGGGUUUGUUGGACAUCAAGAAGUUGCAGCAGGAGGAGAAGAAAAAGCCCAAGGAGGAGCGCGAGCUGUACAACCAACUCAGGCCUCUGAUGCGUUUCCACGACCAGGCCUCCCACAACCGUUUCGUAUCGGUACACACACCACACACACCACAACAACAACAACAACACACACACAGCGGAUCUCAUGACCUGUGUGUGUGCCCUCCCUAUGUAGAAUCUGAUGGAAGAGCGUCGCCUUCGGUCUCGGCUGGAGCGGCUGCGUGAGUGGAAGUCACUCGGGCUCGCCUCACUCGACGAGGCACACGUAAGGCAGACACACACACGCGCAUAUACUGACAUCCCCGCGUGUGCACAUCCUACCGUGUGUGUGUGUGUCUUCAGUCGUUCGAGCAGGAGAAGAAGCGCCGGGACGAGACUCUGAAGGACCUCCCAUACAUCUACGGAGAGGUCAGUCAGUUACCCUGCCAAUCAGCCACACUGCACCAACCACACCAUCGUCCUUGUGUCAUCCAUCCCCCAUCUUUCAGAGUCAGGCUGCCCGUCAGGCUCGCCGCAACCAGGCCGCCAAGAGGCCUGCGGACGACGGGCAAGCGCCGCUGCAGGUGAGUGGGUGAGUAGGUGGCUGACUGACAAGACGACAAGAGGGCCAGACGAUUGGUACAUCACACGCCCAUACGUGAUACAUGAUUUGUGUGUGUGUUCAGCUGCCGAAUCCGUCGGAGCUGGAGCGACUGCCUUGCGCAAACCUCCUUACACAAAAGGUGGGUCAGCAAGCAUCGUGUGGGGGAGGCCAGACAGACGCGUGUGUGGGUGUGUGUGUGUCUAUCUGUCAGGAGCGUGAGUUUUGCGAGAGCAUCUCGAUGCCCGCGCAGCACUAUUUGGUGAUCAAGAAGGUCCUCAUCGACGAGGCCAAAAAGAGCGGUAAGUGUGGUGGGCGGCACAGCACGCAGCGCCGUGGAACGUGCCUUACCCCACCUUACCCUCACCUCACCCACCCACCCACCUCUGUCUUGUCUGUCGACACAGGGCCCAUUUCAAGAGACGAGGCAUCGAAGAUCAUCCGCCUCAGUAAAGUUCUAAACAUCCCCCCACUCCCCUCCCUCCCCCCCACCCCACACACACACACACGGACAUUCAUGCUGUGCUGUCUUUGUCCACUGGUUGCCUUGAUCAUCAGAUGUAAACAAGACCGCUCGGCUGUACGACUUCCUCAUGGAGUGCAACUGGAUCGCCCCUAACACGCAGGCCGUCGAGUACGCCGAGCGCGAGACCGCCCAGCGCGCCAUGAGGGACCUCAGCGCCACCUACGAGCACGUCACCUUCAAGCCCGCCCCGUACCAGGCCCCCCUGCUGCCGCGCGAGCAGGUGAUGCCCGGUCCCCCCGCCCCCGCUCGCCACUCCCCCUCUCCCUCCCCCAGUCCCUCUGGCCCGUCUCCCAGCAACGGCGAGGACGAAGGCGAGGAGGAGGGCGAAGACGUCAUGGACGACGAUAAUGGCGGCGGGGAUGACGCAGACGCUGAUGCACCUGGCGAUGACGACAUCGACGAGGGUGACGAGCUGAUGCGGUCUGAGCCUGCCGAUGACGACGUCAUGCCCAACGGGUACCCCCCCAGCAAUGGGCGAGAGGCGGAGGGUGAUGGUGAGGGAGAGGGAGAGGCUCCCCCGGUGCACAACGGGGUGGUGAACGGGGUGAGCGACGCUGGUCCGAUGGAUGGCGGCAAGGAGGACGGCGAUGACGAGAUGAUGGACGAUGGGGAGGUGCAUGAGGGCGACGACGCCCCGCCUGAUCCAGAUGACCUGCCUGAGGAGGGCCCGUUGGCUGAGGACGGCAACGCGGCCUCGCCGGAUGACUGAGCGACUUUCUCUUUCUUGCUCUCGUGUUGCCUAGCCGUCCAUUAAGCUCUCUUUGUAUGCUAGGGGGCAUUGUGGAGCUUUCACGCGGGCGGUUGGGGGGGCGGCUGGAUGCAUGCGUGCUGGGGGCGACCUUGCGAACUUCCUCCUUCAUUGUCGUGACUCCCUCACUACUCACUACUGACUGACUGACUGACUGACUUGCAUGCUCGCUUCGGAGUAAUUGCAUGGUGAAUGCAUUGGAUCGUGUCCGACGUCAGAGUGCCUACACCACCGUCACCGAGACAGACAGGCAACACACACACACACACACACACA